CGAUCUUGCCGGGUCGAGCCGCGCACCGGAAGUAAUCGUCCCUUCUGGUGACGCUGCAUUAGACUCCCUUGGCAUGGAACUGUUCAGGCUUUUCGGGUUGGUGCUCCUCAGCCUGGCACUCGCUGGAGCUCAGACGCUCACACCGGGUCACUAUCUUUCCCUGUCCGAUAUUGCUCGACUUCAAAAUCUCCUCAGCGAGCCGUUCACAGACCUGGAGUCGGCCUACUACUCCGUUGUCGGCCUCAACAAACUCGGAGCCACUGUUCCUGAUCACGAGGAAGUAUGCCAGUUCCUAAAUUCCCAGCUUGAUCCCACCAAUGUCGACUCAGUCUUCUUUGCUGCGGAGACCAGCCAAGUCAUAUCUGGAUGUGAGAUUCAUGUGACCAAUGAAACCCGAGACAUCCUUCUGGCUGCUGUCAGUGAAGACUCCACCAUGUCUCAGAUUCACCGGGCUGUGAGCGCACUUAGCUCUUUGGGGCUUCCUCUGACCUCUCAGGAGGUCGUCGGCGCGCUCACAGCUCGCAUCAACAAGGAGGACAAUGUCGUGGCCAUUACCUUAGCUCUACAAACAGCCACCCGCCUUUCUCAGCAGGCAGAACUUGGAGGAAUACUUGAGGAAAUUGAGGAUCUGACAGCACGUUUAGAUAAUCUUGGUGGUAUCUUCCUCCACUUUGAAGAGGGGCUCGAGGCCACUGCCACAUUUGUAACGGCUGCGUAUGCCCUGUCAGAUCAUGUCGAUAUGGAGCCACCCUUCAAACAGGACCAAGUCAUUCAGCUGGUGAACUCCAUUUUCAGCAAGAAGUCCUGGGACUCUCUGGCUGAGGCUUUCAGCGUGGCAAAUGCUGCCGCCACCCUCUCCGGCAACCGUUUUCAUGUUCCGGUGGUCGUCAACACUCACGGCCCGCCCACCGUGUCGCACAGGCAGCCGACCCUGCAGAUCCUUGUCACCGACGUCAUGUCUCAGCCUCUGGCCUCAGCCAGCGUGCAAGUGGAAUCUGCGUAUGCCGUGGCUUCCAAGAGCAUCAUUCUUGGCCAAGCGCCGUUCACUCUCAAUGAUGGCGUCUUUGAACUGAACUUCAUGUCCCAGCAACCAGCCAGUGGAUAUUACCAGUUUACGGUUUCAGUAACCGGUGACAGCCGCUUGAUUGCCAAUCAUGUUGAGCUCAAAGUGAAAGUGUCGACGGAGGUGGCAGUUACCAAUAUGGACCUCUCCGUGGUGGAUAAGGACCAGAGCAUCGGCACAAAGACUACCAGGGUGGAGUAUCCUUCCAAAGCCGCGAGCUCGUUCAUUGCUGACAGUCACCAGAACUUUGCCAUGGCCUUCCAGCUGGUUGACGUCAAUACUGGAAUGGAACUUAUGCCCCAUCAGACUUUUGUCCGGCUGCACAAUCAGAAAACUGGCCAAGAGGUUGUUUUUGUUGCCGAGCCCGAUGCCAAGGGUCUGUACAAGUUUGAGUUGGACGCAACAGAGCGUAAAACGGAGUUUGCGCUCAUCUCCGGUACAUAUUCCCUCUAUCUCAUGGUUGGCGAUGCCACACUGGAGAACCCCAUCUUGUGGAAUGUGGCCGACGUCGUGCUGAGGUUUGUGGACGAGGAUGCCCCAGUGAGCAUUCAAGCCAAGACUCUUUACGUCCCCAAGCCGGAGAUCCAACACUUAUUCAGGGAGCCCGAGAAGAAGCCUCCAACGGUCGUUUCCAACGCCUUCACUGCACUCGUCCUGUCUCCCCUCCUGCUUCUGCUCAUCCUGUGGAUUAAGCUCGGGGCAAACAUUUCCAACUUCAGCUUUUCUCCCAGCACUAUUCUCUUCCACGUUGGACAUGCAGCUCUACUGGGCCUGAUGUACAUCUACUGGACCCACUUGAACAUGUUCCAGACGCUUAAGUACCUGGCAAUUAUCGGUGCUAUAACAUUCCUGGCCGGGAACCGCAUGCUGGCACAGAAAGCAGUGAAGAGGAUUGCUGCCGAGCAAAGUAGUAGGUUGGCAAAGUAUAGGAGCCUUCGAUAAAGCGGCCCUUUUGUAGCCAAAGAGCUGGUUGUGCUCCCAGGCUCAAAAUUGAGAAAAAAUAAGAUGAAGACACUGAAGCAGCACACGUUUCCCCCUCUUGGAGUCGGUCACCAAUACAUCCCCAUCGCACAGCAUAACAGUUGAAGAAUACGUUGCUGAAUGGAAGGAAAUUCAGAAAAAGUUCAAAGGUCUUGGCGAUCAGAUCAGUUCUAUGCGACUGCUGCGCUGUGUUGACACGCUGUUGAUCAUUGCACUUCAUCUUCCUGUGAGAUUAUUUUACUUGUACAACAUGCCAGUGUUGUCAGUGUGCUCUGAUUUUUUUUUUUUUUUAA